UUUUUUUUUUCUAAAACUAAUUAUUUGGUCCCAAUUUUUUAAAUUAUAUCCUGUCCUAUGCACGCUCAUUAGUUUAUCAUUAAACCAGAACUUUUCGAGUGCUAUUUUAAGGACACAGAUUAAAAUGAAAUUAGAAAAAAAUAUCACAGAAUAUUUGGUUUUUUACGACUAUAUUUUGGCUGGUAUUUCGUUUCCACAAAUUUAAGAAAAAUUUCUUUUAAUUUAAAAGAAAAAGUUACCUUUGAACAGAAAGUAAUCGCCAUAUUUUUAGUGGCAAUUUUUCUACCUAAAAUUACCACCAAUGCACCUGGCGAUAGAUUAAUUUAUAGUAUUUAAUAACGUUUAAAUGGAAAUUAUUAACAAUUUAAACGAUUUGAGUAGUCCUUUACAUGUUUAACACGUCAGACGCGGAAGAAAUGUUUUGAAAAAAAAGAAAAGAAAACUUGUGAAAUCACUUAAAGUGUGUUUAAAUUAAAAAAAAAAUAUUUAGAAAAAUUAAAAGAUUUUUUGGGAAAAAGGGUUUGAAAUUUAGAUUUUGAAAGUUUGAUUAUAAAAAAUGUUUAAAAAGAUAUUUUGUUUAAUAUUAAUAUUAAAGUUAUCACAAGCUCGUUAUGGUUAUGUGCCAAAAUCCUAUGGCCCAGAUGCGGCCUUAGUGGUGGAAAAAGCUUUGGGUCAAAAUCACAAUGUAGGUGGUAAUUAUCCUAAUACUAUACGCAUGCCACCGCCAUUUCCUUUAUGGCGCCAUUAUCCCAGAUAUCAUAUUAUACCUCCACCACCGCCGGGGCAAAUAAUGGCUAUAAAUACUUGGGCCAAAACAGCGCAUACAAAACCUAUAAUAAUGCCCACUACAACAUCCACUACUACCACCAUUACUACUACCAGCACCACAACACCUAAACCCACUACCUCUACUACCAGUGUGCCUACAACGAAAUUUACCACUUCCUCUCCUUUUAUAACAGAUGAUGAAUUUCCAAGUGAAUUAUUGGAUAUAGCACAAAAUAAAUUGGGCCUUAAAAGUCUAGAUGAAAUACCUAGUAUUUCAGAAUUAGGACAACUAUUGGGUACCAAUAGCCCGGAAGAAACUUUAAGUUAUAUUAGACAAUUAACUUCCAAUGAACAGGGUGUGGCCUUAAUGAAAGCCUAUAUAGAAUCUACAGACUAUACCGAUAACACAGAAAAUUCCUAUAAAAAUAAAGAACAUAUAGAAGAAGAUGAUGAUGAAGAGGAUGAUGAUGAUAUGGGAGAUAUAGAAGAACCGGUUAAAAUUAAUGAUGAAGGCCUUAUAGUUAUAACUGAUGAUGAUUCUAAUGGGGAUUAUAUAUUAAGCAAUGAAGGCGAAGAGGAAACCACUAGUAAACCCACCUUAAAGCCACGCAAAACACCCAAAAUUAUACAAAAACUAAAAGAAUUACCCAAUACUCAUCCUAGUUUUAUGGAACGUAUAAUGAAUUAUAUGCAUUUAAAUAAUUUGUUUCAUAAAAACUCUGGAGAAUCCGGAAAGAGCAAAGAAUAUCAUGAACUUAAUAGAAUAACAGAAAAUGGCAAAAAGAUUAGCAACAACAAACAAAAAGAUAAUCAAGAAAAUCAAACAGAAUCGGAAAUUGUGAAAAACGAUUCCAGAGAAAAAACCAAUUUAAAAACUGAUGCCAUUUUAGCAAGCAAAACUAUACCCUAUAAUUAUCCCAUACCCAUACGUUCAAGUCCUACUAGCACUAGCAGCACUACUACCACAACUACUACACCUUCGCCACCUAUCGCCAAUACCCAGGUGGUGCAUUUAAAUACACCCAAAAUGUUAAUACCUCAUGUUCAACAAUUGUCUCGUGUCACCAAGAUACCGAGUAAAAAAAUUGAAGAUUUUUUAGCCAGCAAACCUAAACUAUUAGAAUUGGCCACUAAAGUUAGUCGUUUCCCCAUUGGUUAUGAUCGUAAUUCGCCCAUGGAAGCUCAAGUUAUGGCAGCCGUACAAAAGGCUAUCGAACAAGAUGAAGAUCUUAAGAAACUUUUGAGUUCCACUGCCACUUUAAAGUGAAAAGGUUUGCAAACACAAAAUCGAAGGAGUUAGAUGAAGUUUUAAAGAACUUAUAGACAUCUUGAAGUGAUAAAGCUGCUAAUAAUUUUAAGGUUUAACGAUAAUUAAUGUAAUUAAGAUUUUAAUAAAACUAAAGAUAAAA